GGCUGCUGGAAUCGGCACAUCACGGGCUUUGAAGCAGCAGCAUAAAAGUGGAGAUGCACCCAUCAUGUGUGAUAUCAAUAUGAUCGGAAAGCGAGAUCAUCCGAUCUUUUAAUCUCAUCUUUCUGGUAUUUGACAUGGCUAAACCCACCCUCAUCUUCGCCCCGGGCGCCUGGUAUCCUCCUACAGCGUUCGACCCCGUCAUUGAAAAGCUGCCAGGCUAUCGCUGUCACACUGUUGCCUUUCCAUCCAUACAACAGGCAACCACGGUUCAAGAUCUCCAUUCGGACAUCAACGUUGUCCGGAGUCUCGUGCAGCAAGAGGCUGAAAAGGGCCACGAUCUUAUCGUGGUCUCACACAGCUGGUCCGGCCUGCCGGUGAACAGUGCACUGGACGGACUGGGCAAAGCGGAGCGUGAAGCAGCUGGCAAGUCUGGCGGAGUAAUUAAGCUGGUUUUCCUUGCAGCCUUUCUGCCUGAAGUCGGUGAAAGCCUACUGGGAGCUAUUGGUGGACAAGCUCCCGAAUGGUAUAUCCAUCAUGAGAUUACCAACACCAUCACCGUGAGAGAUCCCGUCCAGGUUUUAUUCCAUGACGUUCCGGAUGGUGAAUCAUGGGCGCAGUCUUUACGGCCUCAUGCUUAUAUUACUCACACAACACCCGCGACCAGUGCAGCUUACUUGCACAUCCCAUGCAGCUAUCUGCUCUGCGAGGACGAUCGAGCUAUUCCUCUGUUUGUGCAAGAAAUGAUGGUAGAGAAGGCCCGGGCCAAGGGCGCUAAGUUGGAAACCGAGAAGGUCAAGACGGCGCAUACGCCGUGGUUGGCAAACCCUGACAUGGUAGCUGCAUAUCUUAGGCGACAAGCAGGGGAGAUAGCCUGAGCGGGAGGGUGGUCUAUUGCAGGGCCUUAUCUUUCAUGAUCCGUAUGUAUCACGGCAUUAUUCAAUAAAGGCUCCCCAAGCCGACCAGGAUGGAGGCACUAAUGCGUGGUUGGGUCAUAUCUGACUAUCUGACUAUGGAAAUUUCUAUUUCUAUCUUUGCAACUACGUCACUUCUGUCAGGUACAGUACAUGCCCCGGAGUAGUCACAUCAAAGCUGCGCAAACAUCGAUCUGUGCGUAAUUCGUCGAUUCGUCGAUAUAAGCAGAGACAAACACGUUUUUCUCACCUUCAGAAGCGAUACGCUUGACCUGAAACAACCAGCCCGUACUCGAACCUAAUGUGAGGGAUAAAGAGCCUCGGCGUCGGAAUUGGUUGACAAUAAUGGCAGCAGCAGUGGAAGUGACCGGGUGCAGCUCCGGACUAG